UGUGUGUGUGUGUCGCUUUGUGUUUGCCAACUGUGGCUGAGACUUCACGAGAAGCGCCGCUGCUGCUGCUGCUACUCCUGCUCCUGCUGCCUGUAUGCGACGAUAAAGCAAUUUUUUUUUUUGAGUUAAUAUUUUCCACAAACUCAUAAACACAUCAGGCCAGACGCUCGAGAUUUCUGGCUGACAGGCUGACAGGCAGGCUGAUUACCUAAUCUGAAGGACUAGCGCCCAACUGUACCUAGCUGCAUAUGCUGGCUGACCUGUUGGUCCACCCUAAAUUACCUAGGUGCUAGGCGCUAGGCGCUAGGUAACAGAGAGUAGGGGCAACUAUAAAUAGGCAAGCGCCGGCUGCAUCCUUCACUCAGUCGUUGUUUGGUCCUCUGUCUGCCAACGUCUAGCGAAAAAGUAAAAGUUUUGCACACGUACUGUGAUAGUCAGUGCCCAGUGUAUAAUCGGUCAGGAUGUUAUUUCUGGUGCCGCGCAAGCAUCUAUUUGCCAGCAAUUUGAUAAUAUUUCUUUUGAUUUAUAUCAUGCGCAAGUGCCUGCAGUUGUUCUGCAUCAUUGAGAACAAGGCAUGCCAGAAGCCCGACUGCAACUGUGAGCCGGGCCAGGGGGAUUGCCCGGACUCGCCGCUUGAGGAGCGCCGCGGAGGCUUCAAGCUCAUACCGGAUGCCAUGCGCAAGACCAUGCACGGCUUUGGCUAUGGCGAAGGCCACUAUCAGAUCUUCGUGGAGAAGAAGGAGCGCAAUUUGCCAACCAAAUCGCGCCUCAAUGCGGCCAGCGCUGAACUCAAGCUGAAUCCCAAUUAGGCAGCAGCAUUCAGCGACCAGCAGCAGCAGCUCAAGGAGCCAACAAAAUGUGCCAACAACAACAACUACAACAACCUCAAAAA